UGAACGCUGUCUCUAGGACUUUUGACCAUGAGCGACUAUGAGACCAGAUGUCACACAUCCUGAAAGGCCUCCACUUCAAAUUAAUGGAAUUUUACACAUCCACAAAUAUUAGAUUGGUGCCAAAGUGAUCAGCAUCUUACAGAAAUGAAUGCCGAAUGAAGUUUUGCCCUAUCCACAUGCUUUCUGUAAGAAUCAUACAAGCCAAGAACAUCAAGUCAAGAGACCUGUGGACAGUUCCACUUUCCUGCCAAAACCUUGCGGGGCAAUGUUAUUCACUGCUUGAUACCAGUCUGAAGUAUUUAGGCAUCUCGGGCUGCAGUAGAAAUCUUCAGUCAAGUCCAGACUCCAGCUCUGAAAGACAUCACCUUGGAGAUUUCCUUUCACACCGUUGUCAAGCUUCACAAAUGACUGCAUCAGACUGCUAUGUGCGCUUGUGGCUGCCAUCUGCUUCAAAUAGAAAGCUUCAGACCAAAACCAUCAAGAAUUCUGACAACCCUGUCUGGAAUGAGACUUUCUACUUUAGGAUCCAAAGAGAAGUUGAGAACAUUUUAGAAUUGGCAGUGUGUGAUGAAGAUCCACUCACCAAAGAUGACAUGCAGUUCACCGUUCUUUUUAAUGUUGCUAGAAUCAGACCUGGAGAGACACUCCGGGAGACAUUUGCUCUGAAAUCGGAGAAAGAGAGUUGCGCUAAGAAAUGGGAAAGUUUGGAAGUGGAAUUCUGGAUGGAAAGAAUUCCUGGCCCUCCAGAGCACCUCAUUACCAAUGACGUCCUAGUGUCCCGUGAGGUUUGCUGCUUGGAAGUGCAAGUGGACAUUAAUGAAAGCAGGAAAUAUUUGAAAGAGGGUAAAAAUCUUGUGCUUACGGUGCCUGCAUCUCAUGAGGGAACACAGAAAACUGCAGAGGACACAGAUACUUUCUACUUCCAUUGUGUGAAGGCUUGGGAACCAGUUCUAAAAGUCAGGCUGCAGAAAGUUUCUGAUAAGGAAGAUGACGAUAGCAAUUUAAGUGACACCUUAACAGUACCACUGAAAUUUCUCCCUGUUGGACAUAAAGUGAAAGUAACCCUCCCUGUAAGACAUAAUGUGCCGCUGCCGUUGUACCUCCAACUGGAUGAUUGCACAGAAAAACUAGAUGUGCGCUUAGGGUACGAUCUGUGCCGAGAAGAGCAAGAAUUCUUGCAAAAAAGGAAGAGAGUGGUUGCCAGUGCCCUGAAGAGAGUUCUUCAUCUGGAACGAGAUCUACAUGGACAUGAGGUCCCAGUAAUAGCUGUUAUGGCAACAGGCGGAGGCCUCAGAGCAAUGUCAGCUAUGUUUGGCCACCUCUUAGCUCUUCAGAAGCUAAAUCUGUUGGACUGUGUUACCUACAUAACUGGGGCUUCUGGCUCAACAUGGACCCUAGCAGACCUGUAUGAGCAUGCCGACUGGUCACAGAAGACUCUGGAGGGGCCACUUAAGGCAGUGAAAGAGCAAGUGACAAAAUGCAAGCGCAACCUUAUGUCUAUAGAGCACCUGAAGUAUUAUCACGAGGAGCUCACUGAACGGGCAAAAGCAGGACAUGUGUCAUCUUUUACAACUCUGUGGUCACUUGUUCAGGAAAUGUUCUUACACGAACAGCCAAGGAAGUACAAACUUACAGACCAGCGCAAGGCAUUGGAGCAUGGGCAAAACCCAUUGCCUUUCUAUGCAGUCCUCAAUGUGAAAGAGGAGAAGUUCAGUACUUUCAAAUUUAGAGAGUGGGUGGAGUUCUCUCCUUAUGAGGUGGCCAUACCAAAAUACGGAGCCUCCAUUCGUUCUGAGUAUUUUGACAGUGAGUUCUUCAUGGGAAAGCGAGUGAAGAAGCUGCCGGAAUCUCGGAUCUGCUAUCUGGAAGGCCUGUGGACAAACAUCUUCACUAGGAAUUUGCUGGAUGGCUUGUACUGGUCCUCAAAUUCAAAGGAAUUCUGGGAACGGUGGGCCAAAGAUAUGGUAGAUAUAGAAAAACAUUCCCCUGAGGAGGAUGUCACUGUCAUCGAGCCUCCAUCUUGUUUGUCAGGGAAGCUGUAUGAAAUGUUUCAGGACAUUAUGACCAAGCGUCCGCUACUGGGAAAGUCUCAUAACUUCCUGAGAGGCUUAGAAUUUCAUAAGGAUUAUGUCCAUCAGAAAAAAUUUAUUGAAUGGAAAGACACUGUGCUGGACUCCUUCCCUAACAAUCUGACACCGCUGCAGAAAUAUCUUUGCCUGAUAGAUGUUGGCUAUUUCAUCAACACCAGUGGCGCAGCCCUUUUCAAGCCAGAGAGGAAUGUAGAUGUCAUUAUCUCACUUGAUUAUGGUUUGGGGAAUGUGUUCAAGCAAUUAGAGAUGACAUACAAAUAUUGCAAGAUACAAAAAAUCCCAUUCCCCAAAGUGGAGAUAAGUAAAGAAGAAGAGAAGAACCCAAAGGAGUGUUAUGUGUUUUCGGACGCAGAGGACCCCAGAGCACCCAUAGUAAUCCAUUUCCCCCUGGUGAAUGACACCUUUAAGGAAUUCAAGGAGCCUGGGGUAAAGCGCUGUCUCUCAGAGAUGGAAGAAGGCAAAGUGAAUCUGGAGAACAACUGCUCACCGUAUUACCUCAUUAGGCUAAUCUACUCCCCUGAAAAUUUUGACAAACUCGUGAACCUGAGCAUAUACAACAUCCUCAAUAACAAAGACAUGCUCCUCCAGGCAAUCCGGAGUGCCGUAGAACGGAGAAGCGGCAGGACUGGGAACUUCCCCAGCCACUCUGGACCUGGAUACCCCUAGGCUGGGUUUUUGCAUUGUUCCCCACUGAAGGCUAUGACAGUCACAUUACAAUACAUCACAGUCACAUUCUAACAUGUCACAGUCACAUUACAACACAUCACAGUGUUCAUUAUUUGCAGGAAACUGAGGAAGCCUGUACAUUUCUCAUCUUGCCUUGUUCAAGUUCCUAGCUUUCAAAAGGGUUUAUUUAAUCUCCUUCCCCCCAGUUUUCAGACCGUGAGAGCCUCACACUGUGGUCUUACUUGUUAAGAAAUUAGGGUCCUAGUUAGCAGAGACCUUCCAGGAUCUCCCAAAUGUUAUAGAAUAUGGUGGUGGUGGUAGUGAUAGUUCUUCGUACGUGCCUGUCCCCUCAUUCCUGAGCCCAUUGUCGGUGUCUUUUCAAUGCUUCAUUACAAACCAAGUCCUCGCCAUUUGCAUUCAGUAAUGUCCAGAUUUUCAGAUAGGCUGAGCGACUAGAAUUUGCACUGAAUUGGUGGGCUCAGCUUUGAAGUCAGGCCAAAGAAUCAAAUAUAUCUGUGAACAACGGCCAAACUGCAAUGUGCAUUCUGCUGGCUGAUUCCCCUUGCUGAUAUCGAAAUUAUUCCUUUUUUCCAUUCCCCUGCAAGAGUUUGGCACAGAAAUGCUGCUCCAGACUGCUACGAGGGGGCGGUUACAUUUCAAGGAGAGAGGACUUUAGCUGCAGAGAGCGAGUAUGGUUCUUUUGAGCACUGGCUGGGGGAAAAAUACCGUAUAAGGCAUGAGUGAUUAUAUUGAUUUAUAAGGGUAGUGCCUUCAUGCAUUAAAAUGUCAAGAGCCUGAAACAAGCUUUUGAUACCAGAAACUCGAGGGGAGUAACUACCAUAGGCUCAAGCACAUUUGAUUUAAAAAUCAUGGUGGAGGCAUAAGCUGGUGUUCCUUACGUAUGUAAACUGAAUGUAGGAUAACAUAACUCACUAACGGAGUGCAUAGCCAUUGUAUUUGCGCACCCAUAAGAUUUUUUCCCUUUACAGGCGUUUUCCCUAACAUCAUAGGCAAGGUAUUUUUAAUAGGUGCUACACUAAAAUAGAGCACAAAUGAAAAAAAAAAGGAAAUUCUUUAUGGCACCUCCUUGCUGGAGGAAAAUAUUUGGAAAAAUGAUGCAUGGUUUUCAUUUGCCUUGGAGUGACGUGAGAGACUUUGCCUUGAACUAGGAGCUUGGAACAUCUUUAUAGCCCUCGACUCCAUUAAAAAGAUGGUAGGGAAGGAUGAUGAGCAAUACGAAACAGAGCUCCACGGAAGUCGGAGAAGAUUCCAGAGUUCCUAGAACUGAAGGAGUUGGACCUGCUUCUGGCUUAUUUAAUCCAAACACAGCAUAUUCAUUGGAACCUCCAAGGAAAAUCUUAUACAUUUCUUCUGUGUUGGAAAUUUACUCGAUAUUUAGAAUUCGUUUUACUUGAAAGCCAAAGCUAGACAAAGAAAGAGAAACGGAGGUCUGCCUUUUUGGUAUACGCACACAGCACUCAAGGUCAGAGGGAGGGCGUUUAGAAAAGGCUUCGUUGCCUAACCCUGCAUCUACUAAAUGCGCCUUCUGCUGCAAGCAAUGGCAAUGAAUAAGCCUCGGCACUAUUCCUUGUGCAAUGCUUACUUACUGAGCUAAGGAAUACCAUGCAAAACCUGAGGAGUCUUAGCAGCUAGAAUGCAACUGGACAACUGAAUUCAGACCAUGAGAAGAUAAGAAGUAAUUGGGUACCGGCUGCAAGAAAAAAAUGAAGAGCCAUUUUGAGCUGAAAGGUGAGGUGGCAGCAGGGGGCUGUCUCAGAAGAGAGAGUCCUUCCAGCAGGAUCUGCUACCUUCGCAUAGGAGAGCAGGACGUCCUGGCACACUGUGCCGUGGUGCAGGUAUAUGCACAUACGAGCACAGGCAGCUGUGUGCAUGCACACGCACAGGGUGCGCACUGUUUUCAUGCUCCUCUGGCUGGUCCUAUAGAGAAACCCCUUCCUAUAUCUGCUUGCACAGAACAAAACCUGAUUCCAGCAUGGCUGCAAAGAGGCUGCAUGCUCCUGCGUCCCGUGGCCUGGUGCACCCUGAUUCACCCAGGCUCCAGUGCUUGGCCCCCACAGCCAGUCGGUGUUUGGCCCCCUGCUCGCCUCGGCCGGGCAGCGGGAGAGGAGAGGAUGGCCGAGGAAUGAGCAGUGCCAUGGUGCUGCCUGUCUCCAUGCCCUCACUGCGUUGGCGCGCUUGGGGUGUCAAAUUAUUGCUCGUGGCUUCCAGCACUAUGCCAUGACACAGGAGGUGGGACGGGCUGAGCCGGAGGAGGGGGCUGGGGGCUGAACAGCUUGAGGGGAGUCCCAGUAAUGGCAGCUUUUCUGCUGCAGUGGUUGAAAGACUCAGUUCAGCCAGAGACACUGGUGUUCUCCACAACAGACUGGGACUUAUUUUGACACCUAACCAAUAUCUAACUGAAGCCAGAAGACCUGGCCUUCAGGAACAGAGAUUCAGGGCAGCCCCUGCUGAGAUACAGCAGAUUUGUCAGGAACAAGACCACCAAUGCCUUUCGUUUAUGUGUCAUCCAUAUUGUAAAUAGGAACGCUAUUUUACCUCAUCUACCUAAUUUUUAUACUCUGCUGCUGAAAACAAAACAAAAAAUCUCUGGGUUUUGUUCAUGGGCUACAGUGAGUGAUCCGCACCCCUCGUGAACCUUGGCAGCACGUGCGCAGCAGUGAGGCAGCUUAGCCACACUGAGAAAAUGGGGUCUCUCUAAAUGACCAAUAACUGGGACAGGCUCGGUGCAUUCGUAGUGCUGCUAAUGCAAACAGAAAUUCCCACUAAAAUGUGAAACAGCCAGAAAACCCCACAGGGUUUUCAGGUAACCCACAGUCAGUGGAGAAUGACUUUCCUGCAGGACUGUUAAACCCUGUCAUACAGCGAGGGCGGUAGCUGUGGGUAGGGAAGGCGGUGGAAAGGGUGGUGUGACUCUCCAUUUGCUGGGAGAACUGUCACUGACGGUUUUGUCAGUACCUAAAACGGGGCUGGGGGCUGCUGUUUAGUCUUGCAGCCCAGAGGCACAGACAAGCAUGUGGCCCUUGAGCUCCUUGGGGCCCAUGUGGUACCCCUGUAGCCUUAAAUGACAAUAGUUUGGGUUUUUUUUUUAAAUAUUUUUGCAUUUCAGAGCCUGAAAUUAUGUGAGGGCUGUAUCAUUGCCCAUCAGAGUGUUGGUUCUUUUUUUUUCGGGGUUUUUUUUUGGUUUUUUUUUUUUUUUUUUUUAGCAUGAUGGCGUUGAGGGAGUUCGUUGCUGGCCUGACGGUGUGACAGGAGGACCUGGAGGGCAUCUGUGAGGGCCAAGGCUGCUGGAGGGCUCCGCGGGGUGGAGAGAACCACACCUGGCACAGUCUUAUCCAUGCACCUUGUUGGGAAGUGGUGGCUGGCACAUGCUGUCCCCUAAAGCACGCACGGGCUCUGGGUCAGAACCUGCUGGUUUGCACAGCCCGAAACCCACAAAGCUACAGCGCACAGCCGCAGCGACGUACAGCUGCUCAGUGACCCGCGCGCAGGUCUGCGCAUGGGUCCUUGUGUCCCUUUGGGUGCAUGUGGAGUCUAAGGGACCGGCCCACUGAAACGUCGUGCGUUUGCUUCCCAAAGGCUGUUUGCUUGUUCUUUGUCCCCAGUCUUGCCUGCCCGUGUGCGCGUGCUGCCGAAUGGCUGUUUGAACGGCGUGCGUGAAAAGCAAGGCAGGCACCGCAAGGAGAAGGCUGUCUCGCUGCCUCUCACCGUAAAAAGGUGUGUGUGACAAGGCACAUGGCAUGCUUACAAACUGGGUCUUGCUGUUGUGGCGUUGUAUUUGCUUCACUGCUGAAGAUGAAUGCAUGUGUGCAAAAACUCAUCUGAAAUGCACCCUAGAGCACUGCUCUCAUGUGACCAUUUUGCUGGAAAACCCCCACAAAUACCGAGCUUGCUAUCUGCUGCCAAACACAAAGGAAACAUACGUUCGUUCUUAUAACUGUUAGCUACUUUAUAGAAGUUGCCUGCUUGUGUCUUUUAACUGGUUAAUAAUAUAUUAAUUAAAAAUAAAACAUUGCAAAGGAGCACCAGACCCAUGGAAGUCUUUAUGCACUUAAACACAAGACUACAUUUUUCCCAGUUGUGUUAGCACUACUUACCCUAGAUACCUGCUGAGCACUUCGCAGGGCAUUGCCUGGUUUCAAGGUUGGGUGGAAAAAAAAAAAAAUCAGAGGGAAGAUAUUCUGGUUUACAAAUGCAUUGAGAGCCUGGAAAAAAAUGGAACAAAAUCUACCUCCUGUAGUAAAACCCUCUUCAGUGCAACGGCACAAGGCAGGGUAGGAAGGGCACAGUAGGACGGUGCUAAGCCAAAGCCAAGGCACAGCUUUAUUUUGCCUCUUGGUGAUUGGAUUGACAUGUGUACAGAAGUCUGCCUUUUGCUGAACUUUACUGUUAUCAAUUAAAUGGUGACUUUAAAAUACUGAAGUUAAAAAGAAAAAGCUUUAACUUUCUUUUGUAAAAUCAGUUAAAAAAGAUCAACAAUAAAGGAAAAUGCGCUGGUUUCCAUAUUACUUUCAUUUGCUGUAUUUUUUUGUGACAGGCGGCGGCUCCAGCCAGAGCCAGGUACAGCAGAUGAGAGAACCAGACUAGCCAAAAGCAAUAUAAUUAUUAGAGCCCCUUGUUGGCUGCGAGUGACUGAGCUGAAUCAGUCUGAACACAAAUUUACACUCUAGACAUUGCAUGUACCCAUGAAGUAUUUACAUAAAGCUGGUGUUAGGCACGCU